AUGUCCGAAUGUACGCCUGUUGCCACACCCGUCGACAUAGGCUCAAAGCUUUUUAAGAAAGACAAUCAAAGCGAAGAAGAUCUCAAGCUUCCAUACCGAGAAUUGGUGGGUGCACUGACCUAUUUAUCAACAACAACCAGACCGGACAUUGCUUUUGCGGUAAGCAGAUUGGGUCAGUUCAAUAACUGUUUUCGGGAGGAACACUGGAAAGCUGCGAAAAGAGUUCUCCGCUACCUGAAGGGGACCUCCAAAUUGGGACUGACUUUCGGAUCGAAACUGAGUCCGUUAACAGGAUUGGUGGAUGCAGAUUGGUGUAACUGUCCCGACGAUAGAAGAUCUUUCACUGGAUAUGUGUUUCUUCUGAAUAGUAGCCCGGUCUCGUGGGAUGCCAAGAAACAGAGGACUGUGGCUCUCUCUUCGAUGGAGGCCGAGUACAUGCCUCUAUCCGAGUGCGUGAAAGAAGCAAUGCACCUAAAGCGACUUUUGCAAGAGCUAGCGUUCGGGACUCUUUCUGACGUUACUGUUCGUUGCGACAAUAAAAGUGCGCUGAAACUAGCGGAAAACACGGUUUUCCACGCGCACCCUAAGUUGAAGUUGGACUACGUGUGUACUGAAGAACAAGUGGCGGAUUUCCUGACCAAAGGACUGCCGAGAGCGAAACAUGUCGAGUGCGUGCGGGCUAGCGGUUUGAGUGUUCUAGGCUAG